AGAGCGCCCUCUUUGACUUACCCAGUAGGCAACGCGUCAGUGUCCGGUCAAAAUGGCGAGCAGGCCUGCAGCUGCAGCAUCAAGCCGGUGGCUGGACGGUAUUCGAAAAUGGUACUAUGGCGCUGCAGGAUUCAAUAAACUGGGGUUAAUGCGAGAUGACACGAUACAUGUGAAUGACGACGUGAAAGAAGCCAUAAGAAGGCUUCCGGAGAACAUGUAUAACGACAGGGUGUUUCGCAUUAAGAGAGCACUGGACCUGGCCAUGAGGCAGCAGAUCUUGCCUAAAGAGCAGUGGACAAAAUAUGAGGAGGAUAAACCCUACCUUGAACCAUAUCUGAAAGAGGUCAUUCGGGAAAGAAAAGAAAAAGAAGAAUGGGCAAAGAAAUAAUCAUGUAAUCGAAUGUGUGGAUGCAUCUGUCCUCAGUAUUUUAAUGUCGGUUAAACCUGAAAUGUACAAUUUAGAACCAUCUGGGUUGCAAAUAUAUUACUUUAAAUAAAUAUCUAUUAUAACUUUU